CAAUUUUAAUUUUCAAGGGCCUUAGCGUAAUUUAACAUUUUAAUACCCCCACUUAUAAAAUUCCCCACACAAAAAGAAAAAGAGGAAAGCAGGAAGAAGCAUACCUCAACUAAAAUAUGGAAGCUGAAGACUCACCGUUCGAGACCAGCGAGAUGCUGGCGGCGUUUCUGGCAUCGACGCCGCUGAUGUCGGAGUCAUGGAGGCUGUGCGGCCUCGCGAACGCGGCGGCGCCGGGGAGUUUCGUGACAGAUCAGGUCGAGGGCGUGAGGUACGUGGCGUUUUCCGGCAUCCAGACGGCGGAGGGGGGGUUGGACGUGAUGGGUUUCAGCAAUUUGGCGCGGUUGGAUAGCGCCGGAAAUGGGAUUUUCGCGGCGGUUCACGGCGGCGAAGACGGGGAGGGGGAAGAGCCCGUCAUGGUUCACGCCGGAAUGUUGCAUCUCUUCAUGACCAUGUAUGGCUCCCCAACUUUCCAAAACCAGAUGGGGGGAAUUAUAGGAAACAGCAGGCUAAAGUCAAUCAUCAUGACAGGCCACUCCAUAGGUGGAGCAACUGCCUCCCUUGCUGCCCUUUGGCUGCUCAGUUACCUGCACUCCAUCUCUUCUUCCCAGCUCCAAGUCCUCUGCAUCACCUUCGGCUCCCCAUUGCUCGGAAAUGGGUCCCUCUCCCGAGCCAUUCUUCGGGCAAGAUGGGGUGGCAACUUCUGCCACGUCGUCUCCAAACACGACAUUGUGCCAAGGCUGCUCUUUCCUCCUCCCCUCCGGCUACCUUUAGCUGACCAAGCAGCCCUCCAUUUCCUGCACCAGUUCUGGCAAUUGUUGAUCACCUCUCUGCACUUGGGCAGCCUCGAUGUAACACAAGUACCUGAUCAGUUCCAGAAAGCCACACUGAUGGUGUUUAACUGUGUCAUGGGUCAUCUCAGGGAGGCACUGGCAAAAGCAUAUCCGUUGGGAUACAACAUCAGAAACUACGUUCCAACUAGUUCAUCAUUUUGGCCAUUUGGGAACUAUUUCUUUUGUUCCCAGGAGGCGGGAGCAAUCUGUCUGGAUAAUGCAGCAGCUAUUGCUUAUAUGCUGCAUUUGAUGUUUAUAACGAGCUCAGCCAGUUCAAGUAUUGAGGAUCACCUCAGGUAUGGGGAGUAUGUUGCAAAGAUCUCCCUGCAGUUUUUGAAGGGGACCGACACUGCUGUUCAAACAGAGGAGCUUCCAAAAUCUAGCUAUGAAGCAGGGCUUCACUUGGCUUUGCAGUCCUCAGGAAUAGCCACCGAGGAUGUGGUUGCUGGGGCGGCCAAAGAUUGCCUGAAGAUAGCAAGGCGGCUGGGUCGCACUCCAUAUCUGAACAGUGCUAAUCUGGCUAUCAGCUUAUCCAAGAUAACGCCUUACAGAGCCCAGAUAGAGUGGUAUAAAACAUCUUGUGAUGAGAGCGAGGAUCAGAUGGGCUACUAUGAUUUGUACAAGCUAAGAGGAGCUUCGAAGAAACACUUUAAAGUCAAUAUGAACCGGAUAAAGCUUGCCCAGUUCUGGAAUGAAGUAAUCCAGAUGCUGGAUACCAAUAAACUGCCACAGGAUUUCUCAAAGCGAGCAAAAUGGGUGAACGCAUCCCAGUUUUACAAGCUCCUGGUGGAGCCACUGGAGAUCGCAGAGUAUUAUCGAAACAGGAUGCACCGUAGCAAGGGACACUAUAUAAAGUACGGCAGACAGAGGAGGUUUGAGGUUUUUGAUAGGUGGUGGAGAGAGAGGAAGCUGCCUGGCGAGGAAGAAAAUACAUAUCCAAGAAGCAAGUUUGCAAGUUUAACACAAGAUUCAUGUUUUUGGGCAAAGGUGGAAGAAGCCAGGGAAUGGCUUGAAAAUGCCAGGAGAGAGAAUGACAUGAUGAAAUUGGCUCUGAUAUGGGAGAAUAUGAAAGAGUUUGAACGAUAUGCCAACAGAUUAAUUGAGAGUAAGGAGGUCUCUAGGGAUGUUCUUGCAAAGAAUUCAAGCUAUAGCGUGUGGGUGGAAGAAUGGAGAGAAUUUAAAUCACAUUCUGCAGUUUCCUUCAUAUGCUAGUUUCCAGGUUAAUUCCUCAAAUGGGUUACCUUAGCUUAUAAUUAUAGGUACCUAAUGAGGCUGAUAUGAUAUGCAUAUAGGCUUUCUAAUUGCGCAUGAAUUAAAAGAGCAGUGCAACUAGCUCUUGGAAUAUUCCUCAGCUUACAUUUAUGAAGUAACUUGUUUCUUUUCAGCCA